AUGUGUGUGAAUUCUGAUGCAGGACCUUUCGGAAUUGAUACUGAAAAAUAUUCAUCAAUGACGAAAGUAUUGAGAGUGACAGCCUAUGCUUCUAGAUUUGUAAAGAACAUUCUUGGCAGAUCUAAUAGAACAUGUGGUAAUCUAACAAGUGAAGAAAUGAAAGAUGCAGAGACAACGUGGCUGAGGUGCAUUCAAAGAAAAUAUUUUUCAGACACUAUAAAUGCAACAUUAGCUAAAAAUCCCAACAACCUACAACGUCAACUAGGAUUAUUUGUUGACGAUAGUGGACUUUUAAGAUGCCGAGGUCGACUUGAACAUUCGGAUCUCACAUUUGGUGCUAGAUAUCCAAUGUUACUUCCAAAAGGUGAUACCUUUACAAAACUGCUGAUACGGAAAACACAUGUAGAAUUGUUACACAGUGGUGUUUCUCAGACUCUCAGCAAAAUAAGGUACAACUAUUGGAUUGUCAGAGGUCGUGCCACAGUGAAAUCAGUAAUCAAAAAGUGUUACAUGUGCCGCCGCGUAGAAGGCGGGCCAUACAAGAUGCCGUUAAUGCCACCUUUACCAAAGUCACGCGUCUCAGAAUCUGCUCCAUUUACUCGAACAGGUCUUGACUACUUAGGUCCGUUACUUAUCAAGACACAAAAUGGUCCAAAAUAG